GGACUCCGGGGAGAGGGAGAGGCCAAAGCUGCUGGAUUGCUGCGAGGGGGGUGCAUCCAUUAAGGACCCAGGGUUAGCCCCAGAGCUGCCGAACUCUUCGAUUCCUCUUAGGACUGUGGCAACUUGUGGAUAGCAGGCGUGCUCUGCUGAUUUCGUUUUCAUCACUGUCAACAUGGUGAUCAAAGUCUUUGUAGCCACAUCUUCGGGGUCUACAGCGAUCAAAAAGAAACAGCAAGAAGUAGUGGGCUUUUUAGAGGCCAACAAGAUUGACUUUCAGCAAAUGGACAUAGCAGGUGAUGAAGACAACAGGAAAUGGAUGAGAGAGAACGUCCCUGGUGAAAAAAAGCCUCAAAAUGGAAUUCCUCUCCCUCCACAGAUCUUCAACGAGGAGCGGUACUGUGGGGAUUUUGAAUCCUUUUUCUCUGCUAAAGAAGAAAACAUUAUUUAUUCAUUCCUGGGCCUUGCUCCUCCUCCAGGCACAAAGGAGAGUGAAAAGUCUGAUGCCACAGACGAAACUGAGGCACACACAGAAGACAAGGCAGAUGAAGGGGCUCCUGAAGAGGCUCAGUCUGCUCAGUCACCAUCAGAAGAUCAGCAGGAAAGCAAGAAAGAACAUGCAGCAUCAGGGGAAGAAGAAGAAAAGCAGGAAGAAGGAGAAGAAAAGCAGGAAGAGGGAGAAGAAAAGCAGGAAGAGGGAGAAGAAAAGGAAGAGGUGGAGGAGCAAGAGGAGUCUUAGUACACUUCCCUAUGACACAUUCUUUCUUGAACAGGUUUUCAGGAAGCACAAGCUGGAGCAGCCCCACCAAAGAAAAUAAAAUCAGUCUUUCAAGCAAGCCAUCGCUACCUUUCAUGCCUGUAGACUUAUGAACAUAUAAAUACAUAACAGAACAAAGACACCACUCUGUCCUACCUGCGGCCUUUAUAUAUAUAUUUGGUAUAACAGUUUCUUGUUAAAAUGGGUCUUCUUAUAUCUGACUGAUGAUAUUUCAGUUGAUUGUUAUAUGUUGGAAUAGUAUCGUCCAUGUCACAUUUUAGAUUGCAAGCUCUCAGGGCAGGAACCAUGUCUUUCUCCAUGUUUAUGUACUGCCAGACACAUUGCUGCCACUCAGCAGAUAACUGCACUCGCUCAAGUGACGUGUUCAGAGAAAAAGAAAUUCAGCACUGAAAACUGCAAAGCGGCUUCCUGAAUACAAGCUAUGAUGUGAGUCACUUCUCCCUCAGCUGGCUUUUGAAAAUGAUUGAGAUUUCCAUUGUGCAGCAGUUUAAAUAAAUGAGUUUUCUGUCAUA